UUUUGAGGCAUUCCAGGUUAUUUUUUGAGGCAUUCCAGGUUAUUUUCUGGGAUUUGCAGGCGUCCUGCGCUCCGUGCUGGAGGCGGCGAGUCCCGGCGCGUCCGUGCUGUGCCUGUGCGAGAAGGGCGACGCCAUGAUCAUGGAAGAGACCGGCAAAAUCUUCAAGAAGGAAAAGGAAAUGAAGAAAGGGAUCGCUUUCCCCACGAGUAUCUCCGUGAAUAAUUGCGUGUGUCACUUCUCCCCGCUCAAGAGCGACCAGGAUUACAUCCUCAAGGACGGCGACCUGGUCAAGAUCGACCUGGGCGUGCACGUGGACGGCUUCAUCGCCAACGUGGCGCACAGCUUCGUGCUCGGCGCCUCCAAGGAAAAUCCGGUGUCCGGCCGCCGGGCCGACGUCAUCAAGGCGGCUCACCUGUGCGCCGAGGCGGCGCUGCGGCUGGUGAAACCCGGGAACCAGCAUCCCCGCUGUCCCCACGGGUGA